AUGUCUAUACCUCAAGAACAGGAUUACAUAGGGUUGUGCGAGCCUGUAGCCCUGGAGAAAGCCGAGAAAAGUAAUGGUCUGAAUUUGAAAGAAACCGAGCUGAGGCUCGGGUUGCCAGGCUCGGAGUCCCCUGAGAGGAAGGCUGGUUUUGGGGUUUCUAUUUUUGGUAAGGAUGAAAACAAUUAUGGCAAUGGGUUUUCCAAGAAUUUUGUUGCGGGGGCAAAGAGGGGUUUUUCUGAUGCAAUAAAUGGUUCUGGGAAGUGGGCUUUGGAUAUUAAUGGCGGAUCUGAGGGUAAUUUGGGAAUAAGUGAUGGCUUGUUUUCGCCCAAGAGCAGCAGCUGCAGUUUGGCUGGGAGUGGGAGCGAGGUUGUUCCUCCUGUGAAGACUGUUGAGGAGAAGAAGAGUGAGAAUGUCAGUAAUGCCCCUGCUGCAAAGGCACAAGUAGUUGGAUGGCCACCAAUUAGAUCUUUCAGAAAGAACACCUUAGCUACCAAUUUACCCAAAAAUGAAGAGCUUGGUAAAUCGGGACCAGUUUGCAUGUAUGUGAAGGUCAGCAUGGAUGGUGCUCCUUAUCUGAGGAAGAUUGAUCUCAAAACUUAUUGCAGCUAUCCCGAACUUUCAUCGGCUCUCGAGAAGAUGUUUAGCUGUUUCACCAUAGGGCAAUGUGCCGGGCAAGGACAGCUAAGCGAGAGUCGUUUGACUGAUCUGCUUAAUGGCUCUGAGUAUGUGCUAACUUAUGAAGAUAAGGAUGGUGAUUGGAUGCUUGUUGGGGAUGUUCCGUGGGAAAUGUUCUUGGAUUCAUGCAAGAGAUUGAGGAUCAUGAAAAGCUCUGAUGCAAUUGGGUUAGCUCCAAGAACCAUGCAGAAGUGCCAGAGCCAAAACUAA